AUGGUAGGUGGAGGAGAAUUCAAGGGCACCAUGGUGCAACAGAUGGUGUGUGGUGGCACAAGCAACGCCAACAAUAUCAUGAGUGGGCUGAUGCCUUGUGCCGAGGAGGAGCAAGAGGAAUCCACCAACAUGCCUCUCAUGUCUUCUUCUCCUUCUAUGGCUUGCUCCCAUGAUCAUCAGCUCCUUUACCACUCGUCAGGUCAAGUUCCUGAUGUUCGUGACAGCGCUGCAACUUCCCCUGCAAGUUUUCAAGGUGGACAGGAGGAGAGCCAGAUGCCAGAAUCAUGGAGCCAGAUGCUUUUCAGAGGAGGAUUAGUUGGAGACCAUGAGUCAGAUCUACUGUCAAAAGGAUUAGAGGAGGGUCCUAUGGCGGCUCGGGCUGGAGCCCCAGCUUACAGUUUCUAUGGCCAUGGCGGUGGUGAGGAGAUCCAGCCGUCGGGGCCCAACUCUCGGCUGAGCCAGAUGCUCUUGGCUUUCUCUCCAAGGUCAUGCAUCACCUCGAACCUCGACGGCGGCUUGCUGGACUUCUCCAACGGCGCGGCGCCAGCGCCCGCACCGGAGCUGUGGAAUCAACAAUCGGAUAACUCGUCUGAGAGUAACAGCACUGCAACUGGAUCAGCUCCCAAGAAGGCUAGGGUUCAACCCGCCUCUUCAACUGGACAGUCUAUUCUGAAGGUAAGGAAGGAGAAGCUCGGGGAUAAAAUAACAGCACUUCACCAAAUAGUUUCCCCAUUUGGCAAGACCGACACUGCGUCCGUGCUGCAAGAGACUAUUGGCUAUAUCGGAUUCCUCCUGGGUCAAAUAGAGGCGCUCAGCUACCCAUACUUGGGACAUGGCACUGGUGCCUCCGUACGUCACCAAGCUCAGCUGAACCAUGGCGAUCACAUAAAUUCCUCGGCAGAAGCAGCCCGUCCCCAACAGGAUGCACAAGAUGUCGAGGGCAAGAAGUCGGAUCUGAGGAGCAGAGGGAUGUGCCUGGUGCCGGUGUCGUGCAUUACCUCGCGUCUGGGCGCCGACAACACCUCCGACUUCUGGCAGCCGGCGCCGCCGCUCAGCGGUAUCAUCCUGCGAUAG